GUGCAAUAAGAUUUUCUUGAAAACUUUUAUAAUGGGAUUUUGGAUCCAAUGAACAAGCCUGUUUAUAUUGGGCUAAAAUUAGUCAUUAAGACCGAAAUCAAUUUCCAGCUGAGUUUUGUAUAGAAUGAGGUGUGGAACUGUGGAUAAACACGUUGGUUCUUUGUUUCUACGGUGUUACCGAGCGAUAAACAUUCAUUUUGGUACGGAUUUGACAGCGGCUAUUCUCUCUCCCUGUUAAAAAUCUCCAAUCCAAACAAACAACAAAGAGCUGAUCGAAUUCAAUCCUAAAGGUUCCCAAAUUUUGAUUGCAUCAACAAAUCUGCCUUGUGGGUUCUUCUUCGUUGAAGAACUUAGCUGGAUCGAAUUGGCCGAGUCAGUCUCUUAUCAAAUAUCCUCUGAUGCUAGCUUCUUUUUUCUCAAUGGCUUGAAGGUUCUUUCUUUUGGGUGAGCCUCGCCCCAUUUGCUGGAGAAUGAGGAUGGGAUUGCAAUCUUCUGGUGAAUUCCUCGUCUUUGCUGGAAGAUUUAACCGUCCCGUUGGUUGACCGUCUGCUUUUUUAGUCGUUUGCCCUUGCUUUACCGGAGAGAAAAAAACUCGGGGUUUUGUAGUUGGGGGGUGAUGGACGAGGCCUGUGCUGGUGGUACCAAGGAAGAGGAGCCAGAAGCGAGUGAAAGCUCCGCAGCAUCUUUGUCCACCUCGAGGCUGAUAUCCUGGCGUCCCAAGCCGCUCGCCUUCCGACCUUAUUCGUCGAUUACGGAAAAUAAUGCAAAGCCCCACCUUUUGAGAGUAGUAGUCAGAAAACCGUUGGUUGCCCGCUUGACAAAAGAUAUAGUUGAAAUAUACCAAAUAUGCAAUCCUCAGUUCCAUUAUUCAACGGAAUCAAAUCUAAAGAGGUUUUUGACAUCUCCAUCCACUGGACUGUUAAAUGAUGGUUGUGAUAAUGCAAAUUCGGACUUAAUUCUUACGCCCAACUAUUUGCUAGUUAACUCAGAAACAAAGCAGAGAUAUGUUGUCAAGGAUGUUCUUGGCCACGGAACAUUUGGCCAGGUUGCUAAGUGCUGGGUUGCUGAGACAAAUAGUUUUGUUGCUGUUAAGAUUAUCAAAAACCUACCUGCUUAUUACCAGCAGGCACUUGUUGAAGUUUCUAUUUUGACAGCUUUGAAUAAGAAGUUUGAUCCUGAGGAUAAACACCACAUUGUUCGCAUAUAUGAUUAUUUUGUGUAUCAACGUCACCUGUGCAUCGCUUUUGAGCUGCUUGAUACUAAUCUGUAUGAGCUUAUAAAGAUGAAUCAGUUUAGGGGAUUGCCACUGAAUGUGGUGCAGCUAUUCUCGAAACAGAUAUUGCGGGGGUUGGCUCUUAUGAAAGAUGCUGGUAUAAUUCAUUGUGAUCUGAAGCCAGAAAAUAUUCUUCUGUGGACAAGAGUGUGCCAUGAUAUUGACAGCGUAAAGCCAGUCGGAAUUAAAAUCAUAGACUUCGGAUCAGCAUGCAUGGAAGACCGUACUGUUUAUUCUUAUAUACAGAGUCGGUACUAUAGAUCACCUGAAGUUCUUCUCGGAUAUCAGUAUCCUAUAAUGUCUAAGUCAAGUAGUUUUCCUCCCUUUCGAUUUCCUGAAUACUACAAUUUGUAUACAACAGCCAUAGACAUGUGGUCGUUUGGCUGCAUUGUUGCUGAAUUAUUUCUAGGCUUACCAUUGUUUCCAGGAGCUUCAGAGUUUGAUCUUUUGAAGAGGAUGAUUAAAAUAUUGGGGGGACAACCUCCCGAUUAUAUUCUAAGGAAGGCCAAAAACACGAGCAGGUUUUUUAAAUUUGUUGGGAGCAUUAACCAUGCAGAAAUAGACCCGAAUCAUAAAAGUAAUUGUAGCAUGUAUCAAGUUUUGACUGGAGAAGAAUAUGCAGCAAGGGAAUCAAAAAAACCUUCAAUAGGGAAGGAGUAUUUUAAUCAUAUGAACCUUGACGCAAUUGUCACAAAGUACCCUUAUAAGAAGGAUUUGGCGGAGGAAGAUGUCAUUAGAGAAAGUCAAAUACGAUUAGCAUUGAUUGAUUUCUUAAGGGGACUCGUUGAAUUUGAUCCAGCUAAACGGUGGUCUCCUUUGCAGGCUUCAAAGCAUCCUUUUUUGACUGGGGAGCCUUUCACGUGUCCUUAUAAACCUAUUCCGGAGACCCCUCAUAUGCUUGUUUCUCAGAAUGUUAAGGUGGACCAUCAUCCAGCUGGGGGUCAUUGGUUUGCUGCUGGUCUUUCUCCCAAUAUUUCAGGCAGGAAUCGUGCGGUGAUGCAAAACAGCCCACAUUACCAGCUAAUGUCAUAUGUGCAUCCGGGUAGUUACGGUAGCUUAGGAAGCCAUGGAAGCUACAAUGACGGGUUGGGGCUUGGAAGCAGUUACGGAAGUUACGGUGACAGUAACAACUUGCAUGUAUUUUAUUCUCCGGCAGGCCCGUCUGGAAUGAGUAUGUAUGCCAAAAGUGGUAUAUCGGUUAUUGGGAACAGCCCAGAUACAAGGCGAAUGAUGCCUCACCCGCAUGGGAAUGGGAUUGGUUUUAGCCCUGGAAAUUUCGCUCCAAUGUCUCUGGGUUCUAGUCCUUCACAAUUUACACCCCCUAACUCGUACAGUCAGAUUUCAGCUGGUUCACCCAGUGGGCAUUAUGGUCCUCCAUCUCCUUUGGGGAAAACAACAUCUGGCAGCCAUUACAAUAGAAGAAAAAACUGGGCUGCCUUUCAUGGGAAUUACCAAUCGCAAGAAACAUUACCGGAUGCCAGCACCAAUAGUUGCCGGCAGUCUGAGGGUAACAAUUGUGCAUUUGUUGGGUCUCCAUCUACUCAUCAUAACCAUAGACAGCACAGCAAUCCCCCAACAUGGAGAUCACAAGGAAGCGGGAGUAUAACAACCUCAUCCCAUACGCUAACUCUUCAGGACAAGUCUGAGGCUAGCAACUCGCUGCCUGAUCCUGCAGACUGGGAUCCCAAUUAUAGUGAAGAACUACUUCUGCAAGAGGAUAAUUCAGAUGUGAACAGCAUGACAAGUGGGUUUGACAGGGGGAUGCACUUGAGUGAACCUUCAAUAUCUGAGCCAUUAAUUGGAACCAGAGGAUCCAACCGCAGCACAAGUAGCAGCGUUUCGAGGCAGAGGCAUGAAGUGCCUCCCCCUGUUCAGUCUUCUUGUCUUGGAGGAGCAAGCAGCAACCCUGCCAUUUAUGGCUAUAAUGCACAGAUGAGAAAUCAGUCAUAUUUUGUGCCUAAUAUGUCACAAAGUUCUCCAGGUGUCAGAUUAGGGCAGCAGCCAGUUCAGUGGCACAACCAUUCAGGAAGAUCAUCAUCCGCACAAUUUCGUGAUGGACGGCGAGGCAGUUACUCAGUCUCCAAUGCUCCUCCUGCCUUUCAUGGGAGAAAGGAUUGUGGAAGGAAUGCGUAAUAUAUUUUUUACAACAAAGGGACUUUUGAUUUAUGGAAGUGUAGAUGAUGAUGACUCGGUCGAUCUCUGUGUGGAAAAUUUAUUUUCUUAUACACCAUUUCUUGUAUGAUGCAUUCAGUUAUGCUCUUUUUAUUUGAAGUCCUUGGAUUUGUUGGCAGUGUAGUGGGAGAGCUCUUAUUGUAACUUAUCAAACUUCUGUUUCUCCUGCAAAUUGUCUUUGUUAAAUAUGCUCUAUCAUGCUUCUUUUAUUUUCCGAUU